AUGGCUGAGCAUUUUCUGGAGACAAAUCUCUGCCUCCAACUCCUCCAUCUCCACCGAUACCCGAGCUCUGCGAUGAUGGCUGCGGUUCAGUUGCACAGAUCGUUGCAUUCGGUGACUGCGCUUGGUUCGAUUCUCGUAAAUGAUGUUAGGGAAGAGAAUUUCAGGUUUCUGGAGCUGCCGAAUGUGCAUAUAAAGAACAGAGGUCAGAACAAAAGCAAUCUUAUAAAAAAUGGUGUCUUAGGCGUGCCGGGUGGGUUGCUGUCGUAUGCUUAUACUGAUGCACAUUGCCUGCAUGUUUGGAUAAGGGUGAGCAAUCAGUGGAUACUUGCACGGAAGAUCACUUCAUGGUACCUUAUGAUUAACACUGCAAUUGCUUAUAGGAGUUUGGAGUGUUUCAGAGUUCAUAUUGGACCAAAUGAGCAUUCCUUGCUCUUUAAACCCGCAGGUUUUGACAAAUUUGAUCCAAGGUUGGUAUUUUUCAAGCUGCCUGGAUGCAUAAUUUCGUAUAACUUUCAGGAUGGGAAGAUUGAAACCCUUCAAUAUCACUCACCGGAACAGAAGGCUGAGGCUGUCUUACCUUGCGUUCUUCCACAAUUGCCUUUUACUGUGUGGAGUUUCAGGGCAUGA